UAAUAGUAUUCUCUCGUUGUUUAUUUUGCUGCAACAGGUAACCAUGACGUCAGUGUCUGCCUGCACGGACCCUCCUCCUCCGCCUCCUCUCGCGCACCGCUGCUGCCCGCUGCUCGAGCUGCUGCCGCCGCCGCUGUCUGGGCUGCCGGUGUCUGCGCGUGCCUGCCUCCUCCAUUCCUGCUGCCUGCCCCCCGGUCCAUGUAGCAGCAGUUAGACACCAUGACAGGGAUCGCCGCCGCCUCCUUCUUCUCCAACACCUGCCGCUUCGGGGGCUGCGGACUCCACUUCGAAUCUCUGGCCGAGCUGAUCGUGCACAUCGAGGAUAACCACAUCGACACAGAUCCUCGUGUCCUGGAGAAACAGGAGCUGCAGCAACCCACCUACGUCGCCCUGAGUUACAUCAACAGGUUCAUGACAGAAGCGGCGCGGCGGGAACAUGAGUGUUUGAAGAAGAAGGUUCAGCCCAAGCUCUCUCUGUCUCUGACAUCCAGUAUCGCCCGCGGCAACCUGGCCACGCCCCCACGCCACACCAGUGGCAACCUACCCCCCGGUCACCCCCCCAUAACGCCCUCAUCCUCAUUCAGGAGCAGCACACCCACAGGUAGUGAGUAUGACGAGGAGGAGGCGGACUUUGAGGAGUCGGACAGUGACGAGUCGUGGACGACGGAGAGCGCCAUCAGCUCGGAGUCCAUCCUCAGCUCCAUGUGCAUGAAUGGAGGCGACGAGAAGCCCUUCGCCUGCCCCGUCCCUGGCUGCAAGAAGAGAUACAAGAAUGUGAAUGGGAUAAAGUACCACGCUAAGAAUGGCCACCGUACUCAGAUCCGCGUGCGUAAGCCCUUCAAGUGUCGGUGUGGGAAGAGCUAUAAGACGUCUCAGGGCCUGCGUCACCACACCAUCAACUUCCACCCGCCCGUCUCCGCCGACAUCAUACGCAAGAUGCAGCAGUAGGCCAUCGCCAUCGCCCGCCGUCGCCGUGCCAACCAGCCAACCACCCCCCCCCCCCAACCAACCAUUCCAC